AUGGCGGAUAAGAAGAAGCGCAAGCGAUCUAAAGAUGACCAGCCGGAGGAUCUUCCUUUCAAAAGCAUUCUGGAAUCAGACGACGUUAUCCUGAAGGUUCUCAAAUCCUAUAUUUCCUCUGCUUUAACUACCGCCGCCGGUGGAAACGGUGCAUCCUCCUCCUCUUCAUCGAAACCACUGACCCUAGCUGACCUCUCCCUCUCAUCUUCCUGCCGUGAAGUUGCAGAUCUCCCCCGCUCCUCCGUGCAGACAGCUAUAGAGACAGUCAUCGUUCAGAUCGCUCGCUCCAUUCUCGCCGGUGAUGGAUUCUCCUUCAGCGUUCCCUCACGCGCAGCCUCGAACCAGCUCUACGUCCCAGAGCUCGACCGCAUAGUUUUAAAAGACAAAUCUACCAUCCGUCCCUUUGCCUCGGUUUCUUCUGUCAGGAAAACAACCAUCACCACACGAAUCCUCUCCCUUAUCCACCAACUCUGCCUCAAGGACAUUCACGUCACCAAGCGUGAUCUCUUCUACACCGACGUUAAGCUCUUCCAGGACCAGACACAGAGUGAUGCUGUGUUGGACGAUGUGUCGUGUAUGCUCGGGUGCACAAGAUCAAGCCUCAAUGUGAUUGCAUCAGAGAAAGGUGUGGUGGUGGGAAGGCUCAUAUUCAGUGACAAUGAAGACAUGAUAGACUGCACAAAGAUGGGAAUUGGUGGGAAAGCCAUUCCACCAAACAUCGAUCGGGUUGGAGAUAUGCAGAGUGAUGCAAUGUUCAUACUCUUAGUUGAGAAAGAUGCAGCUUACAUGAGGUUAGCAGAAGACAGAUUCUACAACCGGUUCCCUUGUAUCAUCGUGACUGCAAAAGGCCAGCCCGAUGUAGCCACGAGGCUGUUCUUGAGGAAGAUGAAAAUGGAGCUCAAGCUUCCGGUGCUGGCCUUGGUGGAUAGUGAUCCUUACGGGUUGAAGAUCUUGUCUGUUUAUGGAUGCGGGUCGAAGAACAUGUCGUACGACAGUGCAAACUUGACUACGCCGGAUAUUAAGUGGCUUGGAGUCAGGCCAAGUGACUUGGACAAGUAUAAGAUACCUGAGCAGUGUAGGUUGCCAAUGACCGAGCAGGAUAUUAAGACCGGGAAGGAUAUGCUAGAGGAGGAUUUCGUGAAGAAGAAUCCCGGGUGGGUCGAGGAACUUAAUCUGAUGGUGAAGACAAAGCAGAAGGCUGAGAUUCAGGCGUUGAGCUCUUUUGGUUUCCAGUAUUUAACAGAAGUUUACUUGCCCCUGAAACUGCAGCAGCAGGACUGGCUCUGA